AUGAUGAACACUUCUAAUGGAAUGAUAUCGGCGCCGUCUUCAUCGUCUUCACCAGCGGCGAAUCCUCAGUCGCCGGGGAUUAAGACUUAUUUCAAAACGCCGGAAGGGAAGUAUAAGCUCCACUACGAGAAGACGCAUUCGUCUGGUCUCCUUCACUACGCACACGGCAAAACGGUUACUCAGGUAACUCUAGCUCAGCUCAAGGAAAGAGCUGCUCCGUCGACCCCGACUGGAACUUCGUCGAGUUUCAGUGCUAGUAGCGGAUUCCGUUCAGCAACAGCGAGAUUGCUAGGCACUGGAAAUGGAAACCGUGCGCUUAGUUUUGUUGGAGGCAAUGGAGGUGGGAAGAGUGUGAGUACGAGUUCGAGAAUUAGUGGCUCCUUUGCUGCUUCUAGUUCAAGCACGUCGAUGACAAAUACAAAUUUCGAUGGGAAAGGAACUUACUUGGUCUUCAAUGUUGGUGAUGCUAUUUUUGUUUGUGACUUGAACUCACAAGACAAGGAUCCAGUAAAGUCUAUCCAUUUCAGUAACUCAAACCCUAUGUGCCAUGCUUUUGAUCCGGAUGCUAAGGAUGGACAUGAUUUGCUUAUAGGGCUGAACUCUGGGGAUGUGUACACUGUAUCGCUGAGACAACAGUUACAGGAUGUCUCUAAGAAGCUAGUUGGUGCGCUGCAUUAUAAUAAGGACGGCUCUGUGAAUAACAGUCGUUGUACCAGUAUUGCUUGGGUGCCUGGUGGUGAUGGAGCAUUUGUCGUUGCACAUGCUGAUGGCAAUUUGUACGUGUAUGAAAAGAACAAGGAUGGUGCCACUGACUCAACAUUUCCUGCUAUAAGAGAUCCUACACAAUUUUCAGUUGACAAAGCAAAAUAUAGCAAGAGUAAUCCUGUUGCGAGAUGGCAUAUCUGUCAAGGUUCAAUUAACAGCAUAGCAUUCUCAAAUGACGGGACACACUUGGCAACUGUUGGAAGAGAUGGUUAUCUUCGCAUUUUUGACUUCUCAACCCAGAAGCUGUUAUGUGGUGGAAAAAGUUAUUAUGGUGCUCUGCUCUGCUGUUCUUGGAGUAUGGAUGGAAAGUACAUUUUGACUGGAGGUGAAGAUGACUUGGUUCAAGUGUGGAGUAUGGAUGAUCGGAAGGUCGUUGCGUGGGGGGAGGGACAUAAUUCAUGGGUAAGUGGAGUUGCGUUUGAUUCCUAUUGGUCGUCACCAAACUCAGAUGGGACAGCAGAGCAUGUCAUGUACCGGUUUGGGUCAGUUGGUCAGGACACACAGUUGCUUCUGUGGGACCUUGAAAUGGACGAGAUCGUAGUUCCACUGAGGAGAGCGCCAGGAGGUUCUCCCACUUACAGCACGGGAAGCCAAUCAGCUCACUGGGACAAUGUCAUACCAAUGGGAACUCUUCAACCUGCUCCUUGCAAACGUGAUGUCCCGAAGCUCUCACCGGUCAUAGCUCACCGUGUUCACACUGAGCCUCUCUCUGGCUUGAUGUUCACACAAGAAUCAGUCGUUACGGCUUGCAGAGAAGGGCAUAUAAAGAUCUGGACACGGCCCAGUCUCUCGGAAACCCAAGCCAACAGCGCAGAAGCAAAUCCUACAAGUGCCCUCUUGAGCACAAGCUUCCCCAAAGACGGCAAAUCCUCGCUGAGCAGCAAGAUCGGUGGUUCUAGUUUCAAACAAUGA